UUAUUCUACCAUUCUGGAUAAGCCUUGAACAUAACUAUAAACUGCCAGUCACUUUAACAAGCUCACCAUUUCGAGCGUUCAUUUAACGCGAUAUGACUUUACCGCGAGAUAAAAACUAAACUACAUAAAAAUAUGAGCAAAUACGUUGUAACAAUAGUGCUGGCGAUAACGUUAGCGACGCCGGUGGUUUACAGUGACAAUAGCACAAUGACAAAACAUCUGAAAGUGUUAAUAGCUAGUAACGAUUUACCGGUGAGCGGGGUAAAACUACUUCAAGAACACUUCACUGUAGUACAAAAUCGUUUCUCUUAUUACGGAGACGAUGAGAAGGUUCAAAGUCAAGAAGAAUGCCUCAAACUGGUGCCCGGGUGCUCGGCGAUAGUAUGGGCCUCGAGUCACUCCAUCACCGAUGAGCUGCUGGACAAAGCUGGGCCGAACUUGAAAAUAGUAGCAACGGCGUCAGCGGGAUACAACCAUUGUAAUGUGGACGGUUUGAAGGCUCGAGGUAUCAAAUUGACGAACACUCCUGGGGUGCUGAGUGCAGCGGUAGCUGAGAUUGCCAUCACCCUGAUGCUGGUAACAGCGAGGCGGUUCACUGAAUGGUUGCAACAAGUGGAAAGUGGCAAAUGGGUAAAUGGUCUUGAUAAAUACCUUGGUCAGGACAUACGCGGCAGUACUGUGGGCAUCGUCGGUUUCGGAGGCAUCGGUCAAGCUACUGCCAAACGCCUCGCUGGAUUCGAGGUCGCCAGAAUUAUAUACAGUGGCCACAGGGAAAAACCAGAAGGAAAAGCGCUAGGAGCCCAAUUAGUGCCACAAGAUGAUUUGUUCCAACAAAGUGACUUCAUCAUUCUAUCAGCGCCGCUCACCAACGAGACUAGGCACAUGAUCAACAGAAGCACCUUGGGAAAGAUGAAGAAGAAUGCCAUUAUAAUCAAUGUUGGUCGUGGAGAUCUCAUUGAUCAGGAGGCUCUGUAUGAAGCGCUCAAGAACAACGAUAUAUACGCGGCAGGUCUGGACGUAACUACACCAGAACCACUGCCCGCUGACCACAAAUUGUUAAAACUUCCUAAUGUCUUUGUAACUCCACACAUCGGCAGUGGUACAGAGCGCACACGCAACGAAAUGGCCAUCCUUGCGGCAAAGAAUGUGAUCAACGCUCUCACUGGAAAAUCUCUCAUCACGCCAGUGUUACCAUGAUUAUAUUAAAAGAAAUCAAGACAAUGAGAUCCGUCAGUCGCUGCUUACACUUGGAGGCUUAAAUACCCAUAAUAAGACUUGUAUAACCCGCCGAUGUAAAUAUACUAGUCCAGAAAUACUACACCCUCAGUGUGAGUGGCCUAUUAAAUUCGACGGUUUAUGCAAAGCAAUUAUGAUUCAAAUAAGGUGGGUUUUUCAACCCCCUAAUAAUAAUAUCAGAGCAUGUAUUCUUUAUACUUAAAACAGGUAACAAUAAAACAUGCUUGUUAAAUAUAAAA